ACCUGACCAUAUAAUAUGGAACAUACUCUUUCCAUGUAUGCAAUCUUAAAAACUCCUAUAAAUACAACAUUAAGGAAUGCAAUGUAACAUAACAACCUACCAAAUAUAUACUUUCAAUAUAUUAAUUUCUCAUAAAUACUCCCAAGUUCUAACUUUUGCGCUUCUAACCAAACAUAUAUACUUCAACUUAAUUUCCAAAUAUAUUUCAAUCAAAAAUAUCAAUGGAAAGAACACAAUCAUCACUUCUACAAAUCCAAGCUCCUACCUAUGGAAACUUGGUGACUAUUCUAAGCAUCGAUGGUGGCGGUAUUAGGGGCAUUAUUCCCGCUACCAUCCUCGAGUUCCUUGAAUCGCAACUUCAAGAAUUGGAUGGUGAAUCAGCAAGACUUGCGGAUUACUUUGAUGUGAUUACAGGAACAAGUACCGGUGGCCUUGUAACUGCCAUGUUAACCGCUCCAAAUGAUAAUAAACGUCCGCUUUUUGAUGCCAAGGAUAUCAAGCCCUUUUACUUAGAACACUGUCCAAAGAUUUUCCCACAACAAAAGCACACGUUCGGAUCAGUGGGGAAAUUGUUCAAAUCAUUGACAGGACCAAAAUAUGAUGGAAAAUAUCUUCACAAUGUUGUGAGGGAGAAGCUUGGGGAUGUUCGCGUGCAUGAGACACUCACCAAUAUCGUGAUCCCCGCUUUUGACAUAAAGACAUUGCAACCAAUCAUUUUCUCAUCUUAUAAGAUUAAGAAAAACCCUUGCUUUGAUGCUCGACUCUCAGACAUAUGCAUCAGUACCUCGGCUGCUCCUACUUAUCUUCCUGGUUACAACUUCAAGAACCAAGACACCGAAGGGAACAUACAUGAAUUCAACCUCAUUGAUGGCGGUGUUUCUGCAAAUAAUCCGACUUUAGUAGCCGUGAAUGAAGUAACCACACAGAUAAUUAAUGAGAAUAAUGACUUUUAUGCCAUCAAACCCAUGGAAUAUAGUCGCUUUUUGAUAAUCUCGUUGGGCACGGGGACACAGAAGAAUGAACAAAAGUUUGAUUCGAAAAUGGCCGCCAAAUGGGGUCUAUUGGAUUGGUUAACCCAUGGCGGAUCCACUCCCUUAAUCGAUAUCUUUAGCCAAUCCUCUGGAGAUAUGGUUGACAUUCAUCUGGCUACGGUCACUGAAGCACUUAACUGCCAAGAAAAUUACCUUCGAAUACAGGAUGAUACAUUGACUGGUAUAGACUCUUCAGUUGAUAUUGCCACAAAAGAGAAUUUAGAUAAACUUUGUCAAAUUGGAGAAAAGUUAUUGAAGAAACCCGUAGCUAAGAUCAAUUUGGAGAAUGGAAUGUGUGAGCCUACUCAAAAUGGGGAGACCAAUCAAGAAGCUCUCAAAAGGUUCGCAAAAAUACUUUCACAAGAGAGGAAGCUUCGAGAAUUAACAUCCCCUCACGUACACUAAACCUUGAUUUAGAGAGACAUCCAUUAACAUUAUUACUAAUUCUUUCUAUGUACUAUAUAAUAAAAUUAUUCGUCUAUUUGUACCAAAAAAAUAAAAAAUUAUUUGUCUAUAGUUCAUUUAUUUAGAGUUUGCAUUGGAUUCAAUUGAUGUAUAGAAAAUGUGGGCGUAUUUGUUUGUUGAUUUAUUAAUAAAAAGAUUUAAUUUAUUGUUCUU